AUGACCACAAAACCCCUCGUUGGGUCACAAGCCCAACGACAGUCGCAAAGGUCAUUGAAUCCAAAUACUACCUCGAGGCCCUCUCCUCAGAGGAGCUUAUCAUCUACUUCCCCAACUCGAAGACACAAUGAAGCGCUCAUAGACUUGACGCUUGAUGUGCCGGAUUCUACAUCGGCCCGUUAUGGGCAAACCUCGAGAGCAGGAGGGUCGCGCUUGAAGCAGGAAAUCUCAAAUGAACCGAGGAGUUCUGUUCAGGCGGAGGCAUCAAGCUUGGUUCCUUCAAACUCAACAUCAAAUAGGCAGUUUUUGCCUCCGCGCGGUCGGCCGCAACUUCAUUCCGAUGUACUUCGCAUGAGAGCUUCAAAAUCCAUCUUACCAUCCGAUCAAAAUCACAGCCAGACACCUGCGAAACCGUUUGCUUUUCCUGUUAGGCCCGGGAAAUAUCCUCCCCCUUCUCUUGACAGGCCGAGCCCAUCGAUUGGGCCUACCGGAAAGAGAGAUGCUCGUCCAAAGCCUUUUGUUUUAGAGGUUCCUUUAGCCGCGCCUUCUUAUUCACCGAAUGGUCAUGCAGAUUUCUUUCCGUGGAACGGUAAUCAUGCAGAAGAUCAAUUCUCCGAACCGGUCAUCCGCCAGGGCUUCUUCGACAAGUCGCAAAUGUCACAGAACGAGACAGGUUCCGCAAAGGCCUCCAUAUACCCAUCUUUAAAACACAAAAGUGGUCUGCAAACGUUAUCCUCGUUAUUUACAAGCGUUCUAGCUCAGCGAAGAGCCCAUGGAAAUAUCACAGCCGACUCAACUUUCAAGCCUCCGCCACGUGUAACGGUUACAGAUACAAAGAGAGAGAUAUGGCUCAAAGAUCUAGCUAACCCGACCAUAUCACUCCGUCGCCUUAGUCGGUCGAUUCCCCACGGAAUUAGGGGUAAAGUUCUCCUGGAACACGCUCUCAAUAAAAACAUUCCCAUCGAGCGAGCUGUCUGGUUGGCCAAAUGUGUUGGUGCAAAUGAACUGCGGUCAUUCAAGAGAAAAGGUGCAGGUGGUGCCUUCGCUAUGGGAGGAGAAGCGAAAUGGGUGCGAGAUUUCACAGUUUCUGUUGAACAAGUGUUGGAAAAUAUUAUUGGGUCGUGCGGAGAAAAGGACUUUCGUCGCAAGAUCUAUUAUGCGAUUCGUUUGGCAGCUCAUUUUCAUGCCGAAUGCCUUCUGGAUCGCGAGCAUUACAUAGAUUGGAUAUUGUCUUCUCUAGAGACGACUUCUCAAGCCAAAUUGCCAAUGUGGCUAUUGAUUGCCCAAAUGUAUUGGGAAGAUAUUUUGAAGUAUCGGAGGUUCGGGCGACGAUUCACAACUGUUUUGUUGACUCGGUUUUCGGAGACAAUUAAACAUCCAGAUGCUGAUAUACUGGGACCCUUGAUUGGUCGUUUGCGCAUACUUCUAACUAAAUUGAUGACUUCGAAUCCGGACAACUUUGUUUCUCCUGAAAUUUGGUCCAAGCAUAGGGAAGUCCUACACGCUUACCUCAGCUACUCAGAUGAACUUCCUAUGUCUGUUUGGAAUGAGAUUAAUCGCCGCAAUAUGCGACUCACUACUUUAGCUCCUCAAGCCCAGCAUCCUCCUCAACAACGCCUUUUCAAUAUACUAGACAAGUCACUUUUUACUCUGUUCACACCCGAGAUCAUAGAUAUCUGCUGGCAACUUGAUGAUGACAAGACGGCUCUUGUUCAUGCAAUUUUGGAUUGGUCGACAUCAUGUUAUAGGCCUGGACAUGCGAAAGUAUUCAUUGGUGCUCGCAUUCUACGAGCUUGGAGAAGACUGGGCGCAGAUACCACAGCGGCCACACUAUCGUUCCUUGACUCCAGCGCUUGCGAGAUUGGGCGUAAUAAGGCUUCGUUUUAUCACCUCGUUUCCGAGCUAGCAAGAUCGAACGACUUUUGUAUCCCGACAUAUUUUCAGUGGCUGAUCAGCCGUGGUGGUGUACACGAUCAUUCCGACCUGGCACCAGGCGGUCCAUGUGGAACGAGGCUUCUUGCAGAACUUCCAAUCCAAAACUUGAGCGAAGAAAUGGUUGGGUUGCGCAGGUCUUUACUUUAUCGUGCCGAGUAUCCAAUAGACACAGAGGAUCGCAAAGUAGCGGCUAGCAUUUCUAAUAUAGGUGACGCCUUUCGAAUGAUGCCAAGAACUUCAGAACGGCGAUUUCCUCAAAUAAACCAGGAAUUCAAGGGCUUAGAUGAUAUCCAAUCGCUCAAUCGCUCAAGCAAAUCCCACAUUGGGUCUUGGCUUCUUCGCGAAGUUGAACUACAGAUGCUACCGUCAAGCAAACCAUUUCAUCAAUGGGGAAAUCCAUCAGCCGCAGCUCAUGAUACUUGUGGACUCACGGCGGCUGCGUUUGGCAUGGUGCGAGACUUCCUGGAAUUUGUAGAUGAUUUCACUAUGCUCGCCAAAGUGAUAAAGAUUGCCACAGCCUCAGCUGAUCCUCAAACUAUCUCUUCGUGCGCCGACACACUUAACAUGCACGCCGAAAUAUUUGCUGGGAUCGGAGCAAUUAAGGACCUGUUUGAUGUCCUUAUUAAUCGUGCACGCUCGUUUGCAGAUGAUCGCGACAUUAUGCCACGAGCUAUUCUCGGGUCUUUGUUAGACCUUUCAUUCAGGAUGCCCGAGCACCAACUACUUACCGCGCAACUCGCUCGCCAACUUGCUCUGAGUGACAGAAAAUGUGUCGCCGACGCUUGUUCACCGGUAUCAGAUCAUAUGGCAGGUGGAUCACAAAACAACGAGGCCGAGUUCGUAGACGAAAUCGAGAAGCUUCUUGCUAAUGGUACAAGCAUCGAUCGAGGAACCAUGGACCGGCUUUUCCAAAGAGUAACUCAUCAUUUAUCGAUCUCAAUGGAUAAGUCACCAGAGCAGCAGCGAAAGUGUGUAUCAUUGUUGACAACCUUGCGAGAUUUUAAUCCUCAGUCAUUUGAUUUAUUGAUGGCUAGCUGGCUGUCCUAUAUUCAGAAUUCGGAACAUCGACCCAGCAUGGUGAAAAUUUGGGGCCCAAUGAUAGGAUUGGGUUGCCUUUCCAUGAAAGAUCUGGUUAAUGCCAGCUUGAAGUGUGAAAAGGACGAUCUCAACUCACCACAGAGUGUGAGCACGAUAGUAUCUAUGGAACUACUGGCUCUAAUUGCGACCCCACUCGGCCUGCCGGAGAUCUUGACAUCAGACGAAGCAUAUCGCUUCCGGAUUGUGCAAAGUCGUAUGCCAAUUGACAACCCUGAACUAACAUUAACUGUUAUUCGAUCAGCAAUCGAGGCGUGCUCAGCAGCUGUCCACGACAUGCACUUUCAUACUUUGAAUAUCUUAGGUAGCUCGGCCAUGCAUGACUUACUUCAGACACUAGUCUUGGUUGGUGGUGAUAUGAUCGGCAAAAUCAUAGUGCACCCUUUGUCGUCAGGAACUGCCAGCCAAGAAGCUUCAAAAUUAUUGGGUGCCUCGAUCAACAAGCUUCUUGUGCCUACGUAUCAAAUAGAGGCUCCAAAUAUUUCAGUGGGCGAUGCACUGAAAUCUGCGAAUUAUCUUAAUCUUCCAUUUUGCCAACUCAAGGUAGCCUCCACCUUUCGCUCGGGAAAGGUUUCCCAAGCUACUCCACGGAACAUGGUCCCUCCUCAGCUCGACGACCUUGAUCGUGCCGUUGAGUCUGCUAUAAUGACGGGAGGUACGACAUGGGCGUGCAUUGUACCAUCAUUAGAUCUGACCGCCGUGAAUCAUUUACGACGAGGUGCUGAAAACCAAUUGCUUCGGCUCUUUCAUGCUGCCAAAGCAUCGGGCUAUUAUGAUAUCUUAGAAGAAGAGCACCAAUUGUCAAAAGCAGAAAAUUUGAUGGCUAUACUCGAUUUGACAAUAGACAAGAUAUAUACCGAGAAAGUUAACACCUCACAUAAUUCGCAAAGUUGCUUUCCGGAAAUUGUGACUUUACUGAGCAACGCCUCGCAAUGUUUUGCCAGCGCACAGCCAAACGGUUGCAAGAUUAUAUACCUUACGAAGUGGCUACCAUUACUAUUAUCUUUCGCAACCUCUCAAACAGUAGCACUAGAGCCAUCGAAAGUCGGACAUGAACAUCGGGGAAGAGCAAUUCUAUUUUUGACAGCAAUCUUUUUGGAUCUAUAUCGUUUCAGAGCUAACACAAAAACCCAACAUCUACCACUACAGCAGUGUUUUGACCUUAUUCUAAAUAUGGUGGAUGUCCUCCCUGACGACAUUCGUCAGCAAUGCAGUCGAAACUUCCGGGAUACUACCUCGAACCCCAUCACUAGCUAUAUUUACAGUAUCAUGGCGCCGCCAUCUGACUGGCUGCACAUUUAUCAAUCCGGCUCAAAAGCUACAAUUGCUGGAAGGAAUAGCAGUAACACAAACACAGAUCACACAAAGGAAUCGUGCCGCCAGUCAUUUCCUUUCACAAUGAAACGCUGGGAGAUGCUAGGAGAACCAAGUGCUAACAUGGGAGAGAAUGACACGAGUCUCAGUUUGACACUGUUUGCGAGUAGGAAAGGAGUCAACUGA